AUGGACGGCUCUGAUUCAGUUCUUCGCGGUCAUGUCGUAGCUUGUGCUCUACCUUUCUGGGGUCAUACAAAAUCGUUGUGUGUUAUCCUUAGCAAGCUCGUGCAACUUCGUCCUAUGUAUGCAACACUGUUCACAGAGGUAUCCGUCCUAGAUAAAGUCGAGAACGAACUUCGGAUGCAGUUUCCUUCGGAAAGCCAACGGAGUUUGAAGGAAAGGAUAAGAGUUGUUGUCCUUCCUUCGCCUGAAAGUCCUUUCCGCUUAGAUGGAUUUCAGACCUAUUUCCUAGAUGCAUACAAGACGCUAUAUGAUGGCGGGGCCAGUCACAUUGUCUAUAACACUGUUCCGCCACCUCGCCUUGUCAUCCUUGAUUUUUUCUUCUACAAGGCCCUGAAUGGUGUACACGCAAUCAGCGGCUCAUCCGUACCGGUUUAUGCAUGGCAGACUGGAGCCGUCGCUGCUCUUGUCUACCUUUUUGGCCCUGAGAGUAUGGGCGGAAAUGGCGAUAUCGCAGAGAAAAUAAGCAAGAUCACUGGUAUAGACACGGAAACGCAGAAUAAAGAAAUAGAGGAGGCAAGCUCUCUAAGUCCAAAUCCGUAA